GGUCAGGGUGAAGGCUAUGGGGGAUGCAUAUGGGCCAGGCACAUACCCAAGCAACUGGUCAGAGAUGACGUGCUGGCAGAGAGGCGAGAUUCGGGAUUCCUGCACAGAGACACCAACGCCUCCCAAACCAAAGCUGUCCAAAUUUAUUUUAAUUUCCAGCCUGGCCAUCCUUCUGAUGGUGUCUCUCCUCUUUCUGUCUUUAUGGAAAUUAUGGAGAGUGAAGAAGUUUCUCAUGCCCAGUGUGCCAGACCCGAAAUCCAUCUUCCCCGGGCUCUUUGAGAUACACCAAGGGAACUUCCAGAUUCACAUAACCACCAUAGCAACCAAGACAUAGAAGAAUAACUCCAUCACCAUCAAGAAAUUCCUUUGUGCUACCCCAUUAGAGCUGCA